GUAGAUGUUGCUUGAGAGAGGAGACACUGUUAUUGCUGGCUUUCCUGAAGUAUGUUAAGGACUACAGCUGGCACCCACGCCACACUCUCUAGACAGCUAGAAAGCUGUGAAAAGCCAGGCAAUAGUAACUUCUGAAAUCUUCCCCCACAGCCAUUACUUUGUUAGCAUCGUUAAACUAGAAGUCCGGUAGCAAAUAGCUGUUAGGUUUAAAAAGAAUGUAAAUUAGCCCCUACUCGCUCAACAGUGUCCAGUCAUCUUUUUCUCAACAACUGGGAGUCCCUUCUGGAAACAAAUGCAGCUGCCCUUCAAUCACAUUUAUGGCAGUAAUGUUAUCACCAGCACUGUGUCUCUCAGAGAAAAACGUAAUAAUCUCAACAAAGAUUUCCAUAGCCAGAAGAGCUAGCCUGAAGAUGGAUGUCCCUCACACACCGUUUCUUGCGUCUGUCCUUAUACUAAAUUGUAUCAGGAGCCUGAUUUCUAGUGAAUCAGUUACUAAAAGUUGGGGUACAUCUGUUACUUUAACAGUUGCAUCACUGACAAUUUUCAUAACCUAGACCUAAGUUCAGCUCCAAAAGCGAUUUUUUUGGAUUUGUCUGCCACACUUUUGAUAACCUAGUACUUCGUGAACACACCCUGGUGAGUAGAUCUUCAUUUUCCAGAAUGGACAGCAUCAGCAAACAUUUAACUCUUUAGUCCUCAACAUGCUAUUCCUUAUUUCUAUGUAAGGAUCCUUGGAAGUUUUGCUCAUUGUCUCCACUUAACUUGAGAGCUCCUCGACCAUUUCUUUUCCCAGUGGCACUGUUCAUGGCAUGCUUUGCUCCACAGACAUGUCAGGGUCUCUCUGCCAGGCAUUUCUCAGUACUAGGUGCUUCUCAGCACCAGGACUAAGACUACAGAUUGCAGACCUCUGGUCACGUUAGAAAUACACCCCCUCACAUUCCUAGAAGCACGAUGUGACAGUUCAUCAUAAGGGAUACAUACUAUUCUCACUGUCACUGGAGCUUAAGGUAUUCAGUGGUGAAAGAUUGUUUUGAAGACUGAAUCUGCUGACUGGAAGAGAGAAAGAACAAACAAAACUGGUCGUAAAAUUUAGCAUGCCCCACUCACUUCAUCAAGCAAGCUCUCCUCCUGUCCUGCACAGACUCACUCCCUAAUACUCUGGACACAAACCACCCUGUCCUGGAUCAUCCCCAGAUCCUCUGGAAGGGUGGGGGUGGGGGAAAGGACGCCCUACUGCCCUCUGGAGUCUCCACCCCUCGAGUGGAGUUUUAAGUAGGAGAGGAGCUGUUCAGAGAGAUCGGAGCAGAGACGCAGAACGCACAAAACCCGACUGGUCUAGAAAGGAAAUCAUCAGCAAAAUACGGAAGAGAAAAAGCAAAAAGGGAUUAACAGAGAAGCCAGAAACCCAGAAGCAAAGUGGGUUAUGCCUCAUUGCCUUUGUAGGCAACAGACCACCUCAGAAAGCCCUUCACUGCCUUUGUCUGUCACAUUCAGUCUGGUUUUCUGCUAUGAGAUUAGAAAUGGUGCUUAGUACAGCAAGGGAAAAAACCCAUGUUACUUAAUUUCAGCAGUAAAAAUUUGUAUAUGGUCAAGAUUAUGCUGUGUUAUGAGCGUGCCCCUGGCUGCUCAGAAUUUUCUCCCUGCCCACCAGCUGUCCUAAACCAGUCAAUGCUCACACAAGAUAACUUGAGAUUUGGAGGUGAUGUGGAAAAUACUCAGAACAGAGGGAAAACUCCCAUGUCUCCUCCUGCUGGUGGGAGCAAUCAUGACUGUUCAAUGCCAGGGCUUACGCAUGCGUUUCAAACGGGGAGCCAGAUCUAGAGCCAUUUGCACAGACAAUUCAUCUGGAGAAAUUUACCAGCACAGGGGAACCUGGCUAAGGCUCUCAGGGAGCAGAAUAGAAUACUGUAGGUGCGACAGCGGUCGGAGUCGCUGCCACACUGUGCCUGUCAGAGCCUGCACUAGAAAUAAAUGCUACAACGGCGGCCAGUGUUCACAGGCCUAUUAUUCCCCACAGCUCUUCAUUUGCCAGUGCCACCAAGGUUUCUCUGGGAAGCAGUGUGAAAUAGAUACUGAAAUUAAGUGCUACAAAGACACUGGAGUAACGUACAGGGGUACAUGGAGCAUGACCAAGAGCGGAACCGAAUGUUUAAAUUGGAAUAGCAAUGGCUUGAUGGACCGGACAUACAGCGGCCGAAGAGAGGACGCGGCCGAGCUGGGAUUGGGCAAUCACAACUAUUGCAGAAACCCAGAUGAGGAUUCCAGACCUUGGUGCUAUAUCUAUAAAGGGGGAAGGUACCUCUGGGAACACUGCAGCGUGCCCUCCUGUUCAAAAGUUGGGAACAUGAACUGCAAAUCUGGAAGAGGCACAGAUUACCGAGGCAGCCACAGUGUUACCAGUUCUGGAGCUACCUGUUUGAGGUGGAAUUCUCGACUCCUUGUCAACAAGUUAUAUACUGCUUGGAGAAGAGAUGCUUACCCACUGGGCCUUGGUAGUCACAAUUUCUGCCGGAAUCCUGACAAUGACAGCAAGCCCUGGUGCCAUGUACUGAAAGGAAAUCAGCUCACAUGGGAGUACUGCAAUGUGCCUACUUGCUCCACCUGUGGCUUACGGCAGCAAAGAGUACGCCAGUACAGGAUUAAAGGUGGCUCCUAUGCAGACAUUGCAGCUCACCCAUGGCAAGCUGCCAUCUUUGUGAAGUAUCGACGAGCACCAGGAGAGCACUUCCUCUGUGGAGGAAUUCUGAUCAGUUCCUGCUGGGUUUUGUCAGCUGCUCACUGUUUUGAGGAAGGCUUUAGUACAAAUCAGCUGAAGGUUGUGCUGGGUAGGACUUCCCGUGCAACUCCCGAGGAAAAUGAACAGACAUUUCAAGUGAAGCAUUACACUGUGCAUCAAAGAUUUGACUCAGAAAAUUUCAACAAUGAUAUUGCUCUGUUGCAGUUGAACUCAGAUGCAGAAGACUGUGCUACUGAAACAGACACUGUCCGUGCUGCCUGCCUCCCAACACCAGGACUGCAGCUGCCUGACUGGACUGAAUGUGAGAUCUCUGGUUAUGGCAGAAGUGAAGAAUUCUCUCCAUUCUAUUCAGAGCACCUGAAAGAAGGUCAUGUCAGACUGUUUCCAGCCAGUCGGUGCACAACACAGCAUCUAGACAACAGGACAGUUACAGACAAUAUGUUAUGUGCAGGAGACACAAGGCACCUUGAUGAUGCCUGCAAGGGUGACUCUGGAGGGCCCCUGGUCUGCAUGAAGGAUGAUCGUAUGUAUCUAAUUGGAAUCAUCAGCUGGGGAGUAGGCUGUGGCCGCAAAGACAUACCUGGCGUUUAUACAAAUGUGAAUCGUUAUCUUGACUGGAUUCAGGACAACAUGACACCCUGAGAAAGAAAAAUGAACUAUCCACAAUUUGUGGCCAUGCCCUCACAGCUUCCUUCUGGGUGCUUUAAGGCUACUGACCGGGCUUCCUGUUUGUCCAGAUGCUUACAGUACAGGAGGAAAACAAACUGCGUGUGGGAAGCAUACAUUUGCAAAUUACUCUCCUUAUUACAGGUUAUCAGAAGGUAACGCUUCUUUUCCCCCACAUCCCCAAGCUUUCUUCUUGCAUCAAAUCACUCGAGUACAAAUAAAAAUAAACUUUGGCCCAAGAGAAUAAACUGAGAGAACAUCAUGCAUGCCAUGAACAGCUGUGUUGUUUUAGGAAGGGGCAUGAACUGAAGGCAGAAGGGACAGAUUUAAUUUCCUGAAAACUUCAUCUCCCUCCUUCUUUGACUGUAAAUUUAAACAACGUUCCCGUCAACCUUAAUCUCUGUCCUUUUUAAUAUCACAUUUUAUCUUUGUUAUUUAUGCUGGUUCACCUUGACUCCAGUAGAAAGAGCAAAGCUGUAGGCAUGGGCUGCUUAUUUCUGUACCAAUACACUACUAGCUUUUUCAGUUUGAAACUGAUUCAUUAACAGAGUCUGAGCUUAAACUCUCUGAGGAAAUCCAGGAUGGCACGCUUGUUACAACAUUCUAUUCUUCAACUUUUCCUCCUGGUAGUAACUUAAAUAUUUAAAUAAAUAUGGAAUAGUUGAAAAUUUUAACACCAGCUGUAUUUACCACAGAAUCAACAUGUUACUUUUUGUCUAUUAAAUUUCUGUGCAUUAUCAUUUGAUAUGAAAGCAAAAGCUCUCUCUUUAGCACAGCAGGGCAGAAGAAAGGACAAGUGCAAUGGUAACAGUUUUAGGUGCUUACUAGAUUUACAUGCACAAGUAAAGAUCAAGUCAAUUGUCACAGGGCUACAUUUGUCCUUUAACAAGAAGGUAUAACCACAUCAUUGUGAACUAGAAUCUCAGUAGUCAAGCAUUACUUGCUUGCAUUGCAGUUGCCAUGUGACACUGAGCAGUAUCCAUGUACAUCCUAAGACUUAAGUCUCUUUGAGAGAUUCUCUCUUGUCCAGCUGUUUUAUAAAGCAAGAGAGAGCAGGUGUGACUACUGUUUCACGGAAAAAAUGUAAAUUAUAUUGAGGCUACAAAAAGAGUUUAGCUUUAGUAUCUAUCAGGCACUGUAGUUAGAAAACUAGUCUGUUUUAUGUGGGGAAUUCAAAACACUGUAACUCAAAAUGUUUACUCUCACAGUUGUAAGGAGCUCUCUGAUGAUCUACUAGCACAGGCUCUAGUCAAAUAGAGAAGUUUAUACAAUAAGUAAGUACAGAAGAGAGAUUUGGUAAGGAUGCCUAUUACUUUCUCAGGUGGGAUUUGUAAAUGGCAAUUUGGUCCAUGUCUUUCUAGCUACCAGCUUCAAAACUGACCUCAAGAUCUCUAAUGUCCUCAGAUAAAUGGUAGUGUUAAAUCCAGUCAGCUUCAGCAAUGAGUCCCAUAUUCCAACCAAUGGAAGGGGAAAAAAAAAAACACAAGAUGUUUAUUAAAAGAGAGUUCAAUUUUUUGGUGUGAUUUGUUGUUGUUAAUUGUAUUUUAU